AUGGGAAUUUGUAAAUCUAAAAAACAAAACCACUCACCUCCAAUUUUGAGAAACUAAAAUGUGAAAACAGCGAAUACUGCUGAUAUCGUUAGAGAGAAUAGUCCCAAUAAUGUUGCAGCAGGUUCUCAACUAGCAUUCUCUCAAUAAGACUUCUUUAUUAGAAGUCAGGAACUAAUGACUCCAGAUAGAUUAAACACUGCAAACAAAGGGAAGUUUUUUAACACCUACACUUUGUUGAACAACUUAAAAAGUCCCAACGAACAAAUACGACAAGUUUGUACUGUAUAACAUAAUUAAACUGGAGUUACGAAAAUUGGAAUUAUAUAAACCCACCAUUAUAAACAAGCUGAUUUAAUAAAGGUUCAAAACAAAAUACAAUAGCUUAAAAAAUUAGAUCAUCCAAAUAUCAUGUCUAUUUAUGAAUUUUUUGUUGAUUCCAAGUAAUUGUAUAUAGUUACUGAAAAUUAUGAUGGUGGAACUCUAUUGUCAAGACUAAAAUUUGAGAACAAGGAAGAAUCAACAAGGAAAAACUAGUUGAUUUAAAUUUACUUCUAGUAAAUUUUAGCAGGUUUACAAUACUUGCAUAGUAAUGGGAUAAAUCACAAAAAUCUCAAACCUGAAAACAUUUUAUUUUAAAGCUAACAAAGUUAAUUGAUUAAAUUAGUUGAUUAUAGUAAUACAAGAGUGAAUAAAAAGGAUGAUGACAUCCUUGAUCUUACUUAUCUAGCGCCUGAGGUCAUUUAAAAUUAGGAAUUCUCUCAAGCCUCCGAUAUCUGGUCAUGUGGUGUAUUACUCUAUGAAAUAUGGACAAAAUUCUAACCAUUCAAAGGGGAUAACUAUAAGGAGAAGAAGGAGAAUAUCUUAAAAUGCAGAAUUACCAAAGAUGAAAAUUGGAAUCAAAUUCCAAUUUAAGCUUAAAAGUUGAUUAAUUCAAUGUUGAAAAUUGAUCCAUCUAAACGACUAACUGCUGCUCAAUGCUUAUAGAAUGAAUAUCUCAAAAAUAUUGUAAGCUAUACUGAUAAAACUUUUGUUGAAGAUGUAUUUUAGAGAAUUUAACAAUAUCAGUCAAAAUCUGAAUUUCAAAAAUUAUUGUUGUCAAUUAUGAUUAAUAAAUUGAUGGAUGAAAAGGAGAAGGAGAAACUAAUGGUUGCAUUCGAAGCAAUAGAUGAUAAUAAAGAUGGAAAGAUCACAAAAAGUGAACUCAAAAAGUUCUUAGCGUCAGAGAAAUAGAAGUCACUCACUAAUAAAAUAUUCUAAAUUUUAGAUUCCAAUUAAAAUGGAUAUAUAGAGUUUAAUGAGUUUUUACUAGCUUCAUGCAAUACUGACAAACUUGUUAAUCAAGAAAACCUCGAAUUACUAUUUAAAUUUAUCGAUAAAAAUUAAAGCUAAUAAAUAACCAUCAAAGAAUUAAAAUCCUUAUUCAUCGAAGCCAGAUUAACUGAUAAAGAAUGGGAACUGAUAUUUAAUUAAGGAGAUUUGAAUUAAAAUGGAAAAAUUUCAUUUUAAGAAUUUUCUCAACUUUUAUAAUAAACUUCGAACUGA